ACUAUAUUACGGGCACUGCGCACUGAUAUGGGAAAAAGCGAUAUGUUGUGAUAGUCCCGUAAAAUUGUCGCGACUUUACCGCCUGUAGAAAAUUUAAGUUAAAGUGAAAAUGUAGUUAUAUUAUAUCAAUUUCAAAAAUUCAUGAUUUUAGAAUGGAUGUCAUUGAAUUAAAUUGCAGUUCUUUUGAAUUUACUAACGAGGAUGACUUUGGUUAUGAAGUUAUUCAUAUACACAAAGCUCAAAGUUAUGACAGUUUUUUUAGAAAUAUAAUGUUUCUCAACAAACCAUGUCUUCUGAAAGUUCCGGAUCUCGUAAAUAGUUGGAGAAGUAAUAUUUACUGGGUGAAAAAUAAUAAGCCUGACUUUCGUUACCUCAACGACAAUUAUGGCUCGGCCAUAGUGCCCGUAGCAAAUUGUAACGAGAAGUACUACAAUGCCCAAAAGAAGUCUGAAAUGAAGUUGUGCGAAUUCUUGAAGUUUUGGGAAGCGUACUGUGAUAAAGAUUAUCCAUCAGACAUGUCCUUGUUGUACUUGAAGGAUUGGCAUUUCACCAAGGACUACCCUGAGGAGAAUGUGUAUAGAGUGCCACAAUAUUUUGCCUCCGACUGGUUGAACGAGUACCUUUGCAAUCGCCCAGAUCCUUCCGAUGAUUACAGAUUUGUGUACAUGGGACCGAAAGGAUCAUGGACGCCGUUCCACGCAGAUGUGUUCACUUCGUUCAGCUGGUCCGUGAACGUCUGUGGACGGAAGAAGUGGUGGCUGUUCCCGCCAGGCGAGGAAGCUUGUCUCAGAGACAGACAUGGGCAACUCGCAUACGACGCCUCGGCACCUGAGCUCAAAGACAAUGUGUCAUUUCCCAACUACCACAAACUCGGAAAAUAUUACGAAGUUGAACAGAAGAGUGGGGAAGCGAUUUUUGUACCAUCAGGCUGGCAUCAUCAAGUUUGGAACUUGGAAGAUACAAUAUCAAUCAACCACAACUGGGUGAAUGGUUGCAACAUAGAUUCCAUGUGGAAGUCGCUAAAGAACAACUUGGCCGCUGUUAAGAAAGAAGUCGAAGACUGCAAAGAAAUGGAUGGUUGGGAAGAACAUUGUCAAGUUAUGCUGAGGGCAACCUAUGGUAUAAACUACAGAGAAUUUUUCAGUUUUCUACACUUCAUAGCCAAGGAGAGACUACGGUUUAUUGAGGAAGAUAAACAAAUUAGUUUGUUUGGAGAUUGGUUGCUGGGAAAACAUCAUGCAGUUUUUGAUCUCAAACAGUUGAAGAAAGUACUGGAUAUGUUGAUUCGUGAUUCAGAUGCCAAAGCUCUUGCAAGUUUCGAAAAACAAAUUUAUGAAGCAUUAAAUUUAAGUAGUCAGAUUGAGUUGGCUGUGUUGAAAAUAAAAUAUAAUAGGUAAUCAAA